AUGAAAGGAAAGCCGAAGGAGUUGGACCUCGAUUUGCAGGUCCCUUGUGGCUGGGAAAAACGCCUCGAUUUGAAGUCAGGAAAAGUCUAUCUCCAGAGAUGCAACUCGUCCAACUCAUCAUCCUCCACGUCAGAUCCAAAACCCCGGCCGCCGCCAGCUGUCGCCUCCAAAUUCCAAGACCUUAAUUUCCCGCCCACGUCAUCGAAACCGACGACACUCGCGCUUUUCGAUGACGCCGGCUUGGACUUGAAGCUCGUGGCCCCACCGCCCUCCGCGACGUCGGCAUCGAACUACCAAAGCGUGUGCACGCUCGACAAAGUUAAGUCCGCGCUCGAGAGGGCCGAGAAGGAGACUUUUGUUAGGAAACGCUCGAUUUCUAUGUCGAAGUCGAAGUCGAAGUCGUGUUCUCCAACCCGGUCAACCUCAUCGUCGUCCGUUGAUCUCGAACGUGACGAUGAGGAGAAAUCGACGGCCUCGAUUGCAGCGGGAUGUCCCGGUUGCUUGCUUUACGUGCUGGUAUCGAGAGGAAACCCCAAGUGCCCGAGAUGCAACCACGAGGUGCCAUUGCCGGGUUCGGUUAAGAAGCCGAAAAUCGAUCUUAAUAUGUCUAUUUGA